GUAGUUCAGCUUAAGCGCCACUUAGUUCACUGUAUUUGUGUUUGAUCAUGGCGCGUACCAAGCAAACUGCUCGUAAAUCUACCGGAGGAAAAGCUCCUCGUAAACAACUUGCAACUAAAGCAGCUCGUAAGAGUGCUCCUUCCACUGGUGGUGUGAAAAAACCACAUCGUUACAGACCAGGAACAGUAGCUCUGCGUGAAAUCCGUCGUUACCAAAAAUCUACCGAACUUCUCAUCAGAAAACUACCUUUCCAGCGUCUUGUUCGUGAAAUUGCACAGGAUUUUAAAACCGAUUUGCGAUUCCAGAGUGCUGCUAUUGGAGCUUUACAGGAAGCUAGCGAAGCCUACUUGGUUGGUCUUUUCGAAGAUACUAAUCUUUGUGCUAUUCAUGCUAAACGUGUUACCAUCAUGCCAAAAGAUAUCCAGUUAGCCCGUCGAAUCCGUGGUGAAAGAGCAUAAAUUCUCUUGAAUUUUACAAACGGUCCUUUUAAGGGCCAUUCACAAAGUAACGGAAGUCUCUUUGUCGUCUCUUACACGUGUACUCCAUAUUCAGUUUUAACUUUUAAUCUAAAAACCAGUCUAAGAAAAAUGGUCAUAAAUUUUAUUUCUAUGAAAAUUAAAAUAUGAAAUGAAUACAUAUUGUCACACGAAACUACACGUUUACAGAUAACAUUAGGGUACUACUAAAGCAGCGCGUCCGCGCUAGCUAGUCGUGAGUGGUCGAUCCUAACCCUAACCCUAAACAUGUAUUCAUUUACACACGCGGGUUAGGAUUAGGGACAGGGUCAGGGCUAGGAUCGACCACUUACGACUAGCUAGCUCGUUCGGGACCGUACUGCUUUAGUAGUACCUAACAUUAGUACGUUGAAAUUAAUUUCUACGGGUACUUCCAACAAGUACAGGCUAACUUAUCGUUAUUAAAUUUUUGGGAAGAAAACGUUUAAUAAAGUAACUAACGAAGAAUUUUUAUGACUCUAAAGAAAUACUUGUAUUUGAACUAAACUGAUUGUAUUUCAAUUCCUUUUAACAUCCACAACAAAAAUCAAAUGUCCAAUUUUAUUUUCACUUUAUUUUGAAUAAACGCAGCUGUUACCUGUGCUCAUGGUUAUUGUCGAUUAACUUUUUAAGUAUUUUACUAGCCAUAACGUAGUUCCCUGUUGAAAGGAUAAGUAAUGGAGGAGCUAAUGCAGCUUCGCACCUCUCCUUCGUAUCCCUACGUUUUAGAUGUCGGAGAUUACGAAUAUGCAAAAAAAGGAAAUUAGGUAAAUUUUCAGAUUAACAC